CGCUCUGUACACACAGCGCCCACCCCACUCCGCGAGCGCUGUGACCAGAGCAGCCGCGCGCGGCGGCCGAGCAGGAGACAUGUCCAUCCGGCUGCGGGAGCUCAUCCGCAACGUGCGGUCCUGCAAGACGCAGGCCGACGAGCGCGCGUGCAUCCACAAGGAGUGCGCCUCGAUACGCACAGCCUUCAAGGAUGAGAACAAUGAGCUGCGGCAUCGGAACGUGGCAAAGCUGCUGUUUAUCCACAUGCUCGGGUACCCGACCCACUGGGGCCAGAUGGAGUGCCUCAAGCUGAUCGCCGGCAGCAAGUUUUUGGAGAAGCGGAUCGGCUACCUCGGGCUCAUGAUUCUGCUGGACGAGCGGCAGGAAGUGCUCAUGCUGGUCGAGAACUCGCUGAAGAACGACCUGCAGUCGUCCAACCAGUACAUCGCCGGCCUCGCCUGCUGCGCCAUCGGCAACAUCUCCUCGGCCGAGAUUUGCCGCGACCUGUCGCCCGAGGUGGAGAAGCUCAUGGUGGGCUCCAAUCCGUUUGUGUCGAAAAAGGCGUCGCUCUGCUGCAUCCGGAUCCUGCGCAAGUGCCCCGAGCUGUGCGACACCUUCCUCGAGCGCAUCGGCACGCUGCUCGGUUCGCGCAACCACGCCGUGCUCCUCACCUGCCUCAAGCUGAUGCGCGAGAUGUGCAUCACCGAGCCGGCGAUGAUCGAGCAGCUGCGCCGCCACACGCCGACGCUGAUCGCUGCGCUCAAGAACCUGGUGCUCUCGGGGUACGCGCCCGAGCACGACGUGCACGGUAUCGUCGACCCCUUCCUCCAGGUCGAGAUCCUCACGAUGCUGCGCGUCCUCGGCCGUGGCCACUCGGAGACGUCGGACCAGAUGAACGACAUCCUCGCGCAGGUCGCCACAAACACAGAGUCAGCGAAGAACGCGGGCAACGCGAUCCUGUACGAGUGCGUCCUCACCAUCAUGGCGAUCGAGGUCGAGUCGGGCCUCCGCGUCCUCGCCGUCAACAUCCUCGGCCGCUUCCUCAUCAACCGCGACAACAACAUCCGGUACGUCGCGCUCAACACGCUGCACAAGGUCAUCGCGCAGGACACGCAGGCGGUGCAGCGGCACCGCAACACGAUCGUGGACUGCCUCAAGGACAACGACUCGUCCAUCCGGCAGCGCGCGCUCGAGCUCGUCUACGCGCUCGUCAACGAGGCCAACGUCAAGGUGCUCGUCAAGGAGCUGCUCUCGUACCUGCUCGCGUGCGACGUCGAGUUCAAGGACGAGCUCACGCAGCGCAUCUGCACCGUGGUGGAGAAGUUCUCGACCGACAAGGAGUGGCACGUCGACACCAUCAUCCAGACCCUCUCCGCCUCAACCUCCUUCGAGUCCGAGGAGACCGUCUGCUCGAUGAUCGCCCUCAUCACCUCGACGCCGGAGCUGCAGGCGUACGCGACGCACAAGCUCUACGCCAAGCUCGCCGACCAGACCAACCAGCCAGUGCUGCUGCAGCUCGCCGUCUGGUGCGUCGGCGAGUACGGCGAGAUGCUGAUCGGCGGUGUGCCCGCCGGCGUCGAGGCCGAGGCGCCCGACCCGCAGACCGUCGUCGAGCUGCUCACUUCGGUGAUGCGAUCGCCCGUGGCGGACGUGACGACCAAGGAGUACACCAUCAACGCCUUCGUCAAGCUGACCACCCGCUUCGCGAAUGCGCCCGACUCGCUCGCCUUGAUACACAAGCAGCUCGCCGCCUACUCGUGCUCCAUGUCGCUGGAGCUGCAGCAGCGCUCCGUCGAGUACUCGUCGCUGCUCAAGCUGGACGCCAUCCGCGCCGGCGUGCUCGAGCGGAUGCCCGCUUUCGCGAAGAAGGACCGGCAGGCGGCGGCGGCGGCGGCGGCGGCGCUAGCGAUGGACGGCGAUGGCCCGAGCAGAGGCAGCGCGUCGGAGCUCAUGGCGGCGCCGGCCGUCAUGGCUGCAGCCGCGCCCGCGCCGCCGUCCGAGAUGGACCUGCUCGGCGACAUCUUGGGCGGGUCGCCGGCGCCGGCGCCCGCGAUGCCGGCGAUGGGCGGUGCGCCCGCCGCGCCGCCGCCGGCCGCGGGCGGGAUGGAUUUGCUGGACCUGCUGGGCGGGGGCGGCCCGCCCGCGGCGGCGGCGGCGCCGCCGGUCGACGCGAUGGCGAUGCUGGGCAUGGGCGGCGCCGCGCCGGCGCCGCCGCCCGCCGCGCCCGGCUCCUUCCCGCCCUUCCAGGCGUGGAACAAGAACGGGCUCCAGAUCGAGUUUGCGUGCACCAAGGACGCGUCGAACCCGUCCGUGACGGCCAUCGAGGCGUCCUUCACCUCGGCGCAGCCGACGCCCCUCACGGGCUUCAACUUCCAGGUGGCGGUGCCAAAGUACAUGAAGCUGCAGAUGAGCCCCGCUUCCUCGUCGACCGUGCCGCCGAGCAACUCCGGGAAGGUGACCCAGACCUUCAAGGUUGCAAACUCGAUGCACGGCCAGAAGCCCGUGUUGCUGAGGAUCAAGAUCGACUACUCGGCGGGCGGGCAGGCCGUCUCGGAGCAGGGGCAGGUAGACAACUUCCCGCCCGGCAUCUAGAGGGGCGCCGCCCCGCUCUGGCCGCCGCCCGCCCCUCCCUCGCCGCCGAGGGGGGCGGGCUGGCGGCCCGAGCCGGGCGGGUGUGUCCACCUGCCUCUGCUCUGUGAUUUGGUGCGCGAGGCGCGCGGCGAGUGCGGAGAGCGGCCGCGGGCGAGCGCGGGAGCGCAGAUGGGGUCGUGGGAGAGAGAGAGUCAGAGCAAACAGAGGGAGGCGCGCCGCGGAGGCAGAGCGGUGGCAGAGCCAUGCGCCGGUACUAUAUAACGUUUUGGGUUUUC